AGUGUUGUGUAAACGCAGGCCCUCGAAAAAAAAUUGUGGGCGCCCGCAUUUUCAUAAUUGUAAUUAUCUAGUUGUAUAUUGGUAUAUUUAAGUGAUGUUGAACAUACUGCGACAGCGCCAGGCGACGAUCGCAAAUGCCGCGCAGCGUUCCCUACACACGACAACCUUUCGGCCGGGCUAUAUUGUGCUUGUGCCGGAAAUCGGUGAAGAGGGUCAGAUGGGCGAGGGUUUGCUGACGCCAAAUGGCUUGCCCGCGUUCAGUGACAUCACCAUCGAGAUGUGCCUGGGCGCCAUCGGGCAGCAGGCGUCCGCCGUGGAGAAAUCCGUCAAAGCGCUGGAGGAGCAUAUCAAAAGUGGCAAGCAACUGAAGAGUGCUGAAAUUUAUGGCGAACUGGAUACAGUAACUGCACCCUUGGAGACAACAUGGGGCGUGGCGAAAGCACUGUAUCUGGGCAACAGCACGCUGAUACCAACCAAAUCCUAUAUGAAUAUACAUGAAAGGGCGCGCAAUGCACGUGCCGCCAAGUUUUGCAAUAGAACAGUCUACAAAUCUCUUCUCGAGCAGGUGGACAACGAUGCUGGCGAGGCGGAGCAGCGAUUACGUCAGAAGUUCUUGCUCGAAGGCAAGCUUAAUGGACUAUCGCUCAAGCCAGAGGCCCAGGAUGGGCUCAAGGAAUUACUAACACAUUUGGGUCGCGAGCGAGGUAACUUUAAGAACAAGGUCAAUAUGGCGGUGCAUGCGUUCGCGCAUGUGGUUAAUGAUUUCCAACUGGUGCGCGACUUUCCGCCAACGUUGUUGGAGGCGACGGCACGUGAUUCUCAACAGCCGCUGGAAGGUCCCUGGAAGAUCACACUCCAGCCGCCGGUUGUCGAUGGUUUCCUCAAGUACUGUCCGGAUCGGCUGCAACGUUGGAAUGUGUGGCGCGCCAAUGCGGUGAAGGCCUCCCAGCAGCAGGACAAAGCGCUAGAGAACAGCACACAUCUGGAGAAGAUACGCGGCUUGCGCAAGCGUCAGGCCAAUCUGCUGGGCUAUGCCAACUAUGCGGAUAUGUCGAUGCAAACUAAAAUGAUUGGCAGCGUCGAUAACCUAAAGCAAAUCUUUGCCAAGCUACUGAAAUUCGCUGGUCCCGCCCAAAGUGUGCAGCUGGAGGAAUUACAAAAGUUCGCUAGCGCUAGUGGCUCGGAUCAUAAACUGGAGGCAUACGAUGUGACCUAUUGGGCACGCAAACAGCUUGUUGCCGAGCAGCAGUUGCUGGAGGAUAAGUUACGCGAGUUCUUCCCACUUCCCCGUGUGCUCUCCGGAUUGUUUGCGCUCAGCGAGAAACUCUUCAAUAUACGCAUCGUGGAGCAGCCCAAAACAGAAGUUUGGCAUCCAGCUGUCAAGUUCUUUAAUGUGUACGAUGGCGAUGCCAGCAAUAGUUCAACGCCUGUGGGUGGAUUUUAUGUCGACUGCUACUCAAAGGAGCACAAGUUUGGCCGGAAUAACGGCUGGAUGGUGGGCAUUAGGAACAGCAAUAAAUCCGCCGGCCUGAGUCCGCUCUGUGCGCUCAUCUUCAACUUUACGGAGCCGACGCCGGACAAGCCCACGCUAUUGGGCUAUGACGAUUUGCAAAUGAUAUUCAAAACGUUUGGAACGGCGCUACAGCAUCUGCUCACCCAGGCGGGCUACAGUGAUCUGGCCGGACUCUCAAACAUUGAGUGGGAUGCCUCACAGGUGUCUGGUUAUGUGAUGAGCAAUUUCCUCGACGAUGCUUCUGUGCUACAGACCCUCUCCGGGCAUUAUGUCAAUGAUGAGAUCAUUAAUGUGGAGCAGGCUCAAAAGAUGCGCCUGCUGAAAACCCAACUGGCUGGCUAUAAUCUCUGCCAGGAGAUCUACUUGGCCGAUCUCGAUGUGGAGCUGCAUCGCUCCAGCGCCUUUUGGUUGGAUGUGGUGCGCAAAAUUUGGCCAGUGUAUCAGUCCAUGGCACUCGACAAGAAGGACGCACAUCCCUGCUCCAUGACCGACAUAUUUGCUGGCGAUUGGGCGGCGGCACAUUUUAGUCAUUUAUAUUCCAAGCUGCUGGCCGCCGAUAUCUCGAGUAGCUUUGCGGAGCAGCGAUCGGAUGAUCAUUAUGCCACAGUGGGUAAACGCUAUAAGCAAACGUUUCUCAGCCUGGGCGGCUCGGUGCCUACGGCAGAGGUAUUCCGCCGCUUCCAGGGCCGUGAUCCCUCGGUGGAGGCACUACUUAAAUCGCUGGACAUAUUCACACCCUCUCAGACCACCGAGAACAAUUAAUGUGUGUCCGGCAACUGCUCUUAUCUAAUGUGAGCUUUUAGUUAGUUUGUAUUUUAGAUAACGUUUUGGCAUUAAUAAAUCGUCUUGUGGCGUA